AUGGCAACAGAGGAGGCUCCUGAGCUCCUCUACUCCCAUGGACUCACUGAAUAUAGAGUUACACGUGAGGAGGCCUACACGCCGCUGCUGAGGUCUCUAGUGAUCCCUGAGGAGUUCCAGCACAUUUUGCGAGUACUCACCACUAAUAUCGAUGGGCGGUGGACAAUAGCCUUCGCCAUCACUGCAUUUAAGGGUGUGCGGCGAAGAUACGCUCAUGUGGUGUUGAGGAAAGCAGACAUCGAUCUCACCAAGAAAGCCGGAGAGCUCACGGAGGAUGAGGUGGAACGUGUGAUCAUGCAGAACCCUCGCCAAUAUAAGAUCCCAGACUGGUUUUUGAACAGACAAAAGGAUGUGAAGGAUGGAAAGUACAGCCAGGUUCUGGCCAAUGGCCUGGACCACAAACUUCGUGAAGACCUGGAGAGACUGAAGAAGAUCAGGGCCCACAGAGGGCUGCGCCACUUUUGGGGACGUCGUGUCCGAGGCCAGCACACCAAGACCACAGGGCGCCAGGGCCGCACCGUGGGUGUGUCCAAGAAGAAAUAAAUCUGUAGGCCUUGUCUGUUAAUAAAAUAGUUUAUACACCU